GUCUUUGCAAGAGAUCCACGGAGCAUGCAACUAACUGUCGUCUAAGCAACACUGCUAACAGCCUCGUGAAAGCGUUCUCAUGCGCUGUGACAAGAGGUUUAGGAGCAGAUAAAUUGCAAUUGAAAGUCUCGUUAUUUCCUUUAUACGAAAUAGUGUCACGUAGAGGUAUUGUGUGCAGUGAAUCAUGGAGAAAGAAGACGAUAAAACGGACGAUAUUGGUAUGCAAGAGUCGGCGGUUUCAAGCACCGACCAAGUAGCCACGUCACUCGCUGACCCGCCUUUUGGUGCGAUACAAAGAGAAUACGAAACAGCAGUUACUGAGUUGUCAAGAACAGAUGGUCUUGAAAAAUAUGCACGGGCAUUUACUAAUGUUUAUGAGUUCUUUAACAAGACUUAUGCAAAUGAAAAACUUCUAGCAUUAAAAUGCCAGGAGCUUGAAUCAAAUUUGGAGUCGUGUACAGAAAAGUGUUCUGUAGCAAUGGCUCAGGUGGAAGAAAAUAGGGAUAUAAUAGCAAAGCUCAAGCAGGACUUAGAGUGGUCUCGGAAACUAACAGAUGCUGCUCAUGUACGGGAACAAAAUGCACAAGAAGCAAUAGAAAACCUACGGCAACAAGUUUCUCGCCUGAAACAGGAAAUUGAAAAGAAAAAAGAAAUGGCAGGAGAACAGGCGGAUGAGUCUGGUCCUGCUGCGAAGAGUAAAGAAGGUCUUAUGAAAGAAAGAGAGAAGCUAUUGAACGAUUUGUCAGUCAUAAAGGAAAGAUUGGCAAACACACUGAAUUACCAAGCGGAGCUGGAAAAGGAAAUGUCUGCAGCUGACGCACGAAUUAGUGAGCUGACUCAAGAAGUGGAGGGCCACGUGUCAGAAGCAAGCAAGCAACAGAGAAUCCGAGACCGCAUGGAACAAGAUCUGAAAGAUAUGAAAGCAGAAGUGGAAACCAAGGAAAAGGAGAAUUCAGCCUUGUCUUUAAACCUGAAACAAACACAGAAUCGUGAGGAGAAACUUCAGAUAACCUUAUGUGAAGAGAAGAUUAAAGUAGAGAAUCUAACAAAGCAAGUAGAAUCUCUGAAUUCGCAGCUGCAAAAGACAACACUUGAUUAUGAACACCAGCAAAUAUUAUCUGCCAAACUGACAGCUGAAAAUCUAGAGAAGACCACUGAAAUAAAGACAAAGGAGGACGAGCUUACAAAAGUUCGCAACGAGCUCUCAAAAGCUUACAAACUGCAAGAUAGCUACCUGAAAAAAGCUCAACAUAUGGACCAACUACGAGGCUAUGCAGAACAGAAGAAGGUGAAAGCCAUGGAGACUUUGGCACUGGUGCAGCGGGAUAUGGAGGCUGCCAGGAAGCAGGCAAUUCAGGACAAGCGCACAAUCGAGAAUGUGACGCGCCAGAAGGAAAUUCUCAAGAACAACCUGCUGAAGCAGUCCAAUACGGUGGCCGAGCAGAAUAAAAUUCUGCAGAUUGGGGAGCAGGCACGACGAGGCCUUGAGUUGAAGCUGGGACAGGCAAUGAACGAGGCUGCAAAGCAAGCCAACAACAUCGCGGACCUCGAGCACGAGAGAGACAGGCACAUUGCAGAAGGGAUUGAACUGACAAGGAAAAUGCAAGAGACCAUGGAGGAUGUGCAGUUCAAACAGAUGACCAUUAUUGAUCAAAAGAAGCAACUGGCCGAUGCUGAAAUUAAGUUCUCAAAGCAACAGGACAUGAUAGAAGCCUUGCGGUCAGAUAGAAACAGCCUUAGUAAAACUCUGCAACAGUCUAAGGAUGAAAUCAGUGAACUCAAGCAGAAGCUGGAGGUAAUGACACGUGAGGUGGAACAGCUUAAGGAAUGUGUGUCAUCUGCAGAAGCUCAAUUGCGAAAGGAACAGUCAGCAUUGCUGAAAGUCCAGAAGGAACGGGAGGCACUUAGGGCAGAGCUACAGCAGACACGGGAGACUCUGUCAGCGAGUCGGCAGGAGGUGGUGGCUCUGAACCAGGAGGUGCGCCGCCUGCAGCAGACCAUCCAUGAGGGUGAGAUGGAGCGCCGCCGCCUGCAGAAGGACAUGGACAAGAUCCUCAAUGAACGUGACAUCCUGGGUACCCAGUUGGUACGAAGAAAUGAUGAGCGACUGAUUCUGCACGAGAAGAUCAAACUGCUGGAAGGGACUGUGACCAAGGGUGAUGCUGAGUAUGAGCAGCGCAUGGAAGACAUCAAACUGCUAGAGCUGGAGGUCCAGACUCUCAGGCAGGAGAAAACGCAGAUGACAACCAAAGUGAACAACAUGAGUGACCUGAGACAGGAGAUCCUUCACCUGGAGCGGAACCUGACCCACGAGAAGCUCAAGUGCCGGGCCCUGGAAGAGGAGCUGCAGAACCCGCUCAAUGUGCAUCGCUGGAGGCGGCUCGAGGGAGCAGACCCAGAGAAGUUUGACCUCAUGCAGAAAGUGCGACACCUACAGAGGAGGGUGCUGAACAUGUCUAAGAUGGCAACAGACCGUGAGACGCAGAUGAAGGAAAUGGAGCGACGCUAUAAGGAACUUGUUGAAAAGACAGAGAAGCAGUGCAAGCCGGCACAAGAACUGGCAGACAAACUAACUCAAGUGAAGCACACUCUGGAGAAGAAGACUCAAAGUGUUAAGUGCCUAGAAGCAGAAGUAAUCAUGUACAAAGCAGAGGCCAAAGAGUACAAGCACAAACUUGAGCUGACAAAGGAAGAAGUCAAUGAAUUCAAAAAACUGUAUUAUGAAUUGAAACAGAAGGAGAUGAAGAGGAAAGAACAGAUGGCUUAUGAAAAGAAGACAGGUUUCCACAUGAAGGGGGGGGUCACACAGACACAAGUGGUUUCUGAGGUCACAGAGACAAUUACUGUACUACCACAUGUCAUUAACAACCAGACCCGUGGCAAGCCACGCAUCAUCGGUGGUGGUUUCAGCAUGGAUUCUCACACCAGAAGGCAAACGUGCUAGAGUAUUUAUUCAGUUUUUGCAUUUGUAAUGUUGGAAUAAAUAGUAAUACUAUAUAGUGUAUGGGUCACAUAACUAAUUGAUAAACUUUGUAUCUACAUUAUACACUGAUGGAAAAAAAAUGCAACACCCUCCGUAACAACAAGGUCUUUUGUUGACAAGUGAAGUGAUAGCCCCAGCCUCUUUGAGGAUGUCCACAUCGAAACUGGUAUCAGUGACCAUGACGCAGCUGUUGCAAUAAUGUUUACCAAAUUACAAAGGACAACUAAAACAGCGAUAAUCUAGAUAAAAAUCCAGUAGUAUUGUAUUGCAAUGAGGAACUUGAAACUUUCAGCUCAUAGCAAAAGUAUGUAAAAGAACUACUGCUCAGGUUUAAAAGGACUGUUGACCACUUGCUGAAUAGAUAUGUACCCAGUACAACAGUCAGUAAAAAGGAGGGAAUCUCCAUGUUAGGUGGCCAUUGUAAAGAAACUUCUAAAGAAACAGACCAUAGGGCUACAAAUAGAGAGAUGCUGAAUGAAACGCAUUUGGCUCUCAAGAGAGCAGUACAUGAUGCCUUCAGUGACUUCUGUAGCAGAAUAUUGUCAAAUGAUCUUUCACAUAACCCAAAGAAAUUCUGGUUGUAUGUAAAAGCUGUUAAUGGCACCAAAGUUAGUGUCCAGCCCUAGACAAGGAUUGAAAUUGAGGGUAACAAGCAAAAGCUGCAAUGCAUAACUGUGUUUUCAAAUGCCAUUUCCAUAGGAAAUCCCAGGAGAAUUGCACCAGUUUAAUCUUUGUUCCAUUGAAAAAAUGAAUGAAAUAAGUAUUAUUGUUAGUAUCACUAGUAUUGAGAAAUAUCUGAAAUAAUUAAAAAUGAACAAGCUCAAGGCCACAAUCAAAUUCCUGCCAGAGUCUAUAGUGAAUUUGUGCCUGGGUUAGCCCCUCUUCUAACUAUAAUCUGUCGUAGAUCCCUUGAACAAAAAACCUUACCCAAUUCUUGGAAAAAGGCACGGGUUACAUCUGUCUACAAGAAGACUAGUAGAAGUGAUCCAUAAAAUAGUCAUCUAAUAUCCUUGAUAUUGAUUUGUUGUACAAUCUUAGAACAUAUUCUGAGCUCAAGUAUUAUGAGGUGUCUGAAACAGAAUGCCCGCCUUGAUGUCAACUGGCACGGUUUUCAAAAACGUUGAUUGUACAAAACCCAGUUCACACUUUUCUCACGUGACAUACUGUAAGCUUUGGAUCAAGGCAGUCAGGUAGAUGCAGUAUUUCUCCAUUUCCAAAAAGCAAUCUCCAUACCACACCUAUGCUUAUUGUCAAAAGUACGGUCGUAUGGUGUAUUGAGGGAAAUUUGUGACCAGAUUGAGGUGUUUUUGGUAGGGAGGACACAGCACAUUAUCUCAGACGGAGAGUCAUCGUCAGUGUGGAAGUAACUUUGGUUGUGCCCUAGGGAAGUGAGUUGUUGGGACCUUUGCUGUUCACAUUGUGUAUACUGAUGUCCUUGCAGACAAUAUUAAUAGUAAAAUCAGGUUUUCUGAAGAUGAUGCAGUUAUCUGUAAUGAAGUACUGUCUGAAAGAAACUGCCUAAAUAAUCAGCCAGCUAUUGAUGAGAUUUCAGAGAGGUGUAAAGUUUGUAAACAUGUUCUCGAUGCUCAGAAAUGUAAAAUCGUGCACUUAAAAAAAAAAAAAUAGUAUCCUAUGACUAUAACAUCAAUCAGGUAGUAGACUUUGGUUUAUUGAUAGAAUACUGGGGAAGUGCAAUCUGUCUACAAAGUAGACUGCUUACAAAUCAUUCAAGUGACCCAUCCUAGAAUAUUGCUCAAGUGUGUGGGACCCAUACCAGAUAGGAAUAAAAUGAGAUAUUGAAUGUAUGCAGGGAAGGGCAGAGUGAAUAGUCACAGAUUUAUUUAAUCUGUGGGAGAGUAUCAUAGAGGUAGUGAAGGAACCAAACUGGAAGACUUCAGAAGAUAGAUGCAAACUAUCCCGAUAAAGUCUAUUGACAAAGUUUCGAGAAUCGGUUUUAAAUGAUGAUUCUAGGAAUUUACUACAAAGGGAUCAUGAGAAUAAUGUUAAAAUAAUUACUGCACGCACAGAGGCAUUCAAUUAAUUAUUCUCCCAGACUUUGUACUUGAAUGGAAUGAGAAGAAAUCCUAAUAAGUGGUACAGUGGGAUGCACCUCACGGUGGUUUGCAGAAUAUAGAUUUAGAUGUACACAGGUAGUUCAUCAUUGUAGGAGUAAAUUAAAAGAAAUUCAGACCAAAUGAAGCAUACAUGUCACAGUAAACAUUGCCCAAACAGACACAUCAUUACACAUUGUACCCCACAAGGGCAGCAGCUCAGAUGUGCAGUCUCACAAAGGUGCCAAAUGGCAUCCUGUAAUAUAUUCUCCUGAGUGUCUUGUGGCUUCUGUUGCAAUUUGGCAAUAGUUCUUGUUGGCUCCAGAGAAUGAGUAAAUUCCUGCUUCAUAAUGUCCCACACGUGUUCAAUUGGUGAGAGAUCUGGUGAUCUAGUUGGCUGGGGCAGUUGUCGUACACCAGGAAGAGCACUUUGCAUCACAGUGGUCGUAUGUAGAUGUGCGCUGUCGUGCUGAAAAAGCACAUCACCUUCCUGCCAAAAAAAAUGGCAGUAGUACAGUGAUAACAGCCUGGGCAAUAUAGUGUGCACUAGUUACUUUACUUUGCAGAAACACCCAAUAUGACCAUGAGUUGUAACUAAUGGCUCCCCUCACUGUAAAGCCAGGGAGGGUAGUUGUGUGUCACUGGAAAAUGUGCUGUGGGAUAGAUAGCUCAUCAGGUCCACACCAUACAGAUGGCACCCACUCUUAUCACUGGUGAUGACAGAGUGGCAUUCCACUCUCCAGCUGACUAUUCCCGGGGUAGCCAUGUUUGGUGAGGUCACGGUGACAGUGGCACACAUGAUCACAAUCCGACUUCAGCACAGAGCAAGUCCAACAUGAGGACAGAUUCCGUCCCUCCACGACAUUCGGUCAGCCACUGUGGCUCGUGUUGUGUGUCAAUCUUGACUCACAUCUGUACUGAGUGGAUGUAGAAAACCUGGUGUACAGAUGUGAGAAUAUUCUGCAGACCACUUCUGAAAAUUGCGACAAACCACCAAUACGUUGUGACCAACACAUGAGGGAAUCUGUCAGUAGUCCCUCUGGCAUCCCACAAGCCCACGGUACAACACUAUAGAUGUGGCUGAAGCUGUUCAACAGUAGUAUGUAUUCGGUUGUGGGGCACGGUUGUUCAGUAACGUGAAUGUUGCAAACACUAUUCAGCUCUAAAUUCGGCACAGUUAUUGCCUGCUGUGUCAAAAUAGGUGCCUGCACGGGCAGGCCUCCUGAAUCUCUUCUCAUUGCUGAUGACUGUGAAAAAUGAAUCACUAACCCCUAGUAUGCAUAAAUUGUACCCUGUGUUUGGUGUUGCAUUUUUUUUUUUUUUUUUCCCACUUGGAAAAACAGUCAAACUCGAAAAAUUUUGAGCCCAGAAAACCAGCCACUUAAUGCCAUUAUUUAUUACUGGUACAUUUAUGUUAGAUAUAUCGUAAUAGCUACUCACCACAUAGCGGAGAUGCUGAAUCACAGAUAGGCACAACAAAAUGAUUGCACGUAUUUGAGGAGGAAUUGAGUUCCAGCCACAAAUUGUGAGAAUGCAUUUGCUUUGAUUCCAUGGCUGUUGAGUCUGUGCCUGGUUUCAAUUCUCCUUGGUCCAAUCAGAGAGAGUCUUCCACACAAAUUCUCGUUAACAUGAGUAUGUGCAAGUAUUCCUACUCUAAAGUUUGGCACUGGAUCGUCAUCCGGUAAUGCAGCUGCCAUCACCACAUGUGCUGCUCUUCCUAGUGAUGGUAUCUCUUCAAACAGGUUGUGGUGGUGUGGUAUCCUCCCAUGUUUUGCACUACUGUGGUUGGCAGUGCUGGAAGACCCAACUCUGUCUCCUUUCCCAUCACAUCAUUCACAUUCCCUAUUUGGGAGAUGUAAACACGGAUCAGGUGAGGCACAUUACAUUGGAUGUCCUGUGUCGCUUUCUGAAUAUCCUUCCCUGCACUAGUCAAAGCUGGCCUACCUUGCUUAGCUUUGACGUCAAUCAAUAAAGCACUGUUUCUAUUCUGUUGGAGAAUUUCUGAAUAAGUAACAAAAUUAAUUGUAGUAGGUACCUAAUACUAUGUAUUAUUGUAACUUAUCUUUGACCUGUCCAAUAUCAAUUGUACAAUUUGUGCUAUAUGAUAAAACUGGAACAAUGAAAAAUCAAAUCAAAUCAAAUCAAGACAUGCUAACUCUGUUCCAUAGUAAGAUACCUCUUUGCAAGUUAUCUUACAAGUUGCUUGACGUCAGAUAGAUAGUUGUCAUAUGUUUCGGCUGCAAUGAUAGGCAAUUUGCUUAAAUUAGUAGCAAAGUUUUGUUUUGGACCAGUGGCAACAACACUCAUAUCUACGCCAAAGAUCGUUUGGGAUGCAAUUCUCUCAUUGCGUUGCAGUGUUGGUUUCUGUGGCUGGGUCGGGGAUGGUUUUGGUACCUCUUCAGUCGCCGGGCCACGAGGUUUUGCGGGUUGCUUCACUCCUGCCUUUGCAAGAUAGAAGGUUUCUCGCUUCCUUCUAUAAUUUGGCGUGAUCUUCUUGAUCUCGGCCAUCGAAUAUGCCUUUCUCAUGUCUUCCAUCUUUCUUGUGCCUAUCUGGAACUCAGCAUCUCCGCUUUAUGGUGAUAGCAACUUUCUGCCUCUAGUAAGCCACAUUCCAUCCUGUAUUUUCCAUUGUUUGAUAUAUCUUAAUAGGUAAUACACACUAAAAAAGUACAAGCUUGAAGGUAUAUUUUUCAUAUUUAAUUUAGGUCUGUGAUAGAUUACAGAUUUUAUAACAACAAAAUUGUGAAAAGGAAAGUCGCUACCCACCACAUAGUGGAGAUGCUGAGUCGCAGAUAGACAUGACAAAAAGACUGUAACAAAUAUAGCUUUCAGCGAGGAAGGCCUUCGUUAGAAUUAGAUGGCAAACACACAUGUAUGCACUCAUGCAAAUGCAAUUCACCUACACAAUGUGUACAUGAGUUGGGGUUUCAUUUGUGUGUGUGUGUGUGUGUGUGUGUGUGUGUGUGUGUGUGUGUGUGUGUGUGUACGUGUUUGCUGUCAAAUUCUGAUGAAGGCCGUACUGGUCAAAAGCUAUAUUUGUGAAUGUUUUUUUGUUGUGCCUAUCUGCAACUCAGUAUCUCUGCUAUAUGGUGAGUAGCGAAUUUCCUUUUUACAAUAUUGUUACAUUCCAUUCUGGAUUUUCCAUUGUUAGAUUUUAUAGUAAUGAUGACAGAAAGUAUAAUUAUCCUUCAAAAAAAAGUGCACAAGAAAUGAAUUCACUUCACUUUGAGUCAAUCUGGAGUUUGAGAGUAAUGUGACUGCCACCACAGUCUCCUCCAAAAUACAGUUUCUUAUCCAAUGUGCAACAACUAUGAUUCUAUGCUGAAUACUUAAUUUGGCACUUACCUCCAGCAUAUUUUGCACUUGAUCUAAUAAUGAUUCUAAACUUUGACUUCAUUCUUGGUAAGGGUACCUGAAUUUGUGGCACGACUGCACACACAGUUUCAUACAUCGCAACUUUGGGAGCAAUCCAUACUCCCAACAAAUUUCCAAGCCUUUCAUUGUAUCACUCAAAUGUGGAAUUGACCCCCUCUAUGUAAGAGAACACAAUACAUUCAUCAUCACACGAUACAUGUACAUUUGUUGCAUGAUAUUUUACUUUUUGCAGCUGACAUUCCACUGUCAAAGUAUAAAACAAUGUCAAAGUAUAAAACAAUACUUGUAUUUCCCUCUUCGAGACUCAACAGAGUCAAAUGUCUGCAACUUUGAUGUGCACUGAUUCUUCCAAAUUACCGGGUUUUGCCUCUGGAAUCUUCCAGGGUAUUGGCACACUAAUGCUUCUACAGAUUUCUUAGGAUAUUUUGAAGUUUACUAGUGAGGACAGUAUCUAUUUACCUGAGUGGUGGAAAGACGAAAAAUAAUGUGUAACUUUUAUAUUUCUUACAACUGCCCCUUGUAGAGUUUGAGAGCAUCCUGGGUUACAAAACCACAGAAAAUCUUGAUAUAGCUUUAAUCUUGGUACAUUAGUUACUAAUUGAAUGAAUUCCAAGUAGUUCAUGUAAUCACAAACAUUUAAUACAUAACCAAUUAGAGGUAUGCAUUUUGAGAGGAGACUUAAAUCAUACUUAUUCAAAUUGUGCAAAGUUUAUCAGUAACAAUGUUGUCCACUGUCAUUUGUUACUUCAGAGGUGAGUCUUGUUCUGUAAGAUUUUGAUAGUCCCUCUGGGCAUUACACAAGACCCGGGUGCGUACUAUUCGCUACUCUUGAGUUUCCAUGUAGCGCACCCUAGCAAGUAAGACCAAUGUGCAGCCGUUAGCAAAUUGUGUUGCUCGAUCAAAAGGGGCUGGGUACACACCAAUACUCUGAAGCCCUUAUUAUUCCACAAUGUGAAGAAUUCAUGUUACCUUGUGUAGGUAGAGAGACAAUAAUAUGUCCACUGAAUUAUAUCAGCACAGCACAGAGUUUUGCAUGGUGGUCUCAUACAUACUGAAAAAUAGUUUUUAGCGACACUCUCGACUUCUUAGCAGUAAUGUUCAUUAAAAUUGCAAUUAUUUAUGGCACAAUAUCAUUGAAACCGUGUCAAUAUUGAAAGUCUGAAAAACUACACAAGUCCUCUUGCAACCCAUAUCUCUAAGUUAACAAAAUCAUAAUCCAAAAUGUGUUAAAUUUGUGGCACACACGCCAUCCAAAAGAUAAUUUACCAAACUGAGGACCUUGUUCUGCUGUUCUGCUGAGCUGCUUACUGAGCUUGCUGAGCUGCUGAGCUUGCUUACUUAUAAAGUAGGACACAUGACCACCACUGGAGUCAAUGUAGCUGCCUUACUUUUGACCACCAUCCAACUUGUAUAUUACAAUUUUCAUACAAAUUUAUAGUCAUUUAUGAGUUCAUCUAAUUACUUUACAACAAAAUGUAAUUUAUAUAAUUUCAAGAAACUUUUUCAGUAUUUCACAUUUUAACGAAUAUU